CGCGAAAACUGCAGUUCCCAUUUGGUCAUAAGUGCAGCCACUGUCCAAGCAAAAAUGUCGAAGAUAGACAAAAUGAGUAUCCUCGGAGUGAGAAGCUUUGGGAUUGAGGAUAAAGACAAACAAGUCAUCUCCUUUUUUACUCCUUUGACUGUUCUGGUGGGACCCAACGGAGCAGGGAAAACGACGAUUAUUGAAUGCCUCAAGUAUGCAACAUCGGGGGAACUUCCCCCUGGAUCUAAAGGAGGAGCUUUUGUUCAUGAUCCAAAGGAUGCCCAUGAGACGGAUGUACGAGCUCAGAUUCGUCUCCUGUUCUCAGACGUGAAUGGAGAAAAAGUCACCAUCCAGCGCUCCAUGUCCUGCACACAGAAAGCAAAGAACUAUUCAUUCAAAAGCUUAGAGCAGGUCAUUACUAGAAUAAAAGAUGGUGAAAGAGUAAGUCUUUCUUCUAAGUGUGGAGAGCUGGAUCGGGAGAUGAUUUCUGCUUUAGGAGUGUCCAAGCCGGUGCUGAAUCAUGUCAUCUUUUGUCACCAAGAAGAUUCCAACUGGCCACUUAGUGAGGGCAAAGCUCUCAAAGACAAAUUUGACUCCAUCUUUGCUGCAACCAAAUAUAUUAAGGCUCUGGAGACGAUGCGUCAGCUGCGCCUCAAACAGAGUCAUACAGUCAAAGAAUGCCAAGUGGAGUUACGCUACCUGAAGCAAAACAAGGAGAAGGCUCAGCAGAUCAGAGAGACUGUGGCCACCAAGGAGGCUCAGCUGAUGGCCUCCAAAGACAGUGUCCACCAGACGGAGAGCCAGAUUGAGCCGCUUGAGAAUCGACUGAUGGAGUUCGACCAGAAACUGGGGAAGGUGAUGAAGUUGGACAAUGACAUUAAGGCUUUGGACAGCAGGAAGAAACAGAUGGAGGAGGACAACAAAGAGCUGGAGGAAACCAUGGAACAGGUGUUUCAGGGUUCAGAUGAGGAGCUACAAGACAUUUACCAGAACCACCAGAGGACAGUGAAAGAGAAGGAGCGCAGGUUGACAGACUGCCAGAGAGAGCUGGAGAGAGCCGGCCGGGAAUGUCAGAGACUCAACAGAGUGAAGGCCGAUCUCUUGGUCGAGCAAGGUCGUCUUCAGCUGGAAGCUGAUCGCCAUACUCAGAACGUCAAGAGCCGUGACACUCUGGUUCGCUCUUUGUCAUCCCAUCUGGAGAUGGAGGGUUAUGACCGCCCCCCCUUCACUUCCCUGCAGCUUGAAAGCUUUCAUCGUCACGUCACACAAAGACUGGAGCAGGAGAAAGAGACACUCCGUCAGAUUACAGCAGAUCUGCAGGAAAAGGAGCAACAGAAGCAGCAGUCUAUCGAUGAAAUAAGGGAUAAGAAGACUGGCCUGGAGAGAACCGUAGAGCUGAAGAGGGACAUGCAGGGAAAGAAGCAGCAGGAGCUGAGGAACAUCAGGGCGGAUCUGCAGAAACUCGAAGGGUCAUCCAGUCGACUGCAAGAGCUGGAAAAUGAAUUGGCCAAAGCUGAGUGUGAGCUGGAACGUGCCGUUCAGAGCUCCAAUGUCGAAGAGCUGAAGACUGAGAUUGAGGGACUCCAGAGAGAAAAGACAGAGCUUGACCGGGCGCAGAGACGGCUCGAUCAAGAGAUGCAGAUUCUUAACACGCACACAACUGCACGCACGCAGAUGGACAUGUUGAAGAAAGAUAAGACAGAGAAGGAAGAGCAGGUACGGAAAACCAAGGCUCGUCACGGCGAGAAUCUCACGUCCCUCCUGGGUCAUUUUCCCAACAAGAGAGAACUGGAAGACUGGAUCUAUUCCAAGUCCAAGGAAAUCAAUAGCACAAGGGACAAACUUGCCAAAUUAAAUAAAGACUUGGCGUCAAGUGAGCAGAACAAAAGCCAUAUUGCUGCUGAGUUGCGGAAGAAGGAGCAACAACUWACUAGYGAUGAAGAGAAGUUCUUCAACGUGUGUGGCAGUCAGGAUCUGGAGCAGGAUCUGGGCAGAUUGCAGGAAGAUCUGGAGAAAGUAUCCAAGCAAAGAGCCAUGUUAGCAGGAGCCACAGCAGUGUACACUCAGUUCAUCAGCCAGCUGACAGAGGAGAGGGAGCCCUGCUGCCCUGUGUGCCAGCGGACCUUUCCUUCAGAAUCGGACCUGCAGGAAGUUAUCAGCGACAUGCAGUCCAAACUGCGCCUGGUGCCUGACAAACUGAAGAACACAGAGCAGGACCUGAAGAAGAAGGAGAGGAAAAARGAUGAAAUGAUGGCACUCAAACCUGUGAGACAGGCCAUUGUACAGUUUCAGGAGAAGGAGCUGCCUGAGCUGAGAAACCGACUUCAGAUUGUGAACAGAGAAAUCGAGAGGCUCAAGGCUGAAAUAGAAGAACAGGAGACGCUGCUUGGUACCUUACUGUCUGAGGAGGAAACAGCCAAGGCCUGCCUACAGGACAUCUCUCUGAUGGACAGAUACUUGAUGGACCUUAAAGAGCUGGACAGAAAAAUAGCUCAGCAGGCAGCUAAACUCCAGGGAGUAGAYCUGACCAGAACCAUUCAGCAAGUCAGUCAAGAGAAACAAGAAACGCAGCACAAGCUGGACACCACCUCUAGCAAAAUGGAGCUGAAACGUAAGCUGAUCCAAGACCAACAGGACCAGAUUCAGAYCCUGAAAAGUGCCGUAAAUGAAACGAGAGCAGAGAAGCUGCAGCUAAGCAGCGACAUGCAGAAACAGCAGCAGCUGGAGGAGCAAUGUGUUGACUUUACUGCAGAGAUUCAGGCUUUAACCAGAGACAUUAGGGAAGCAAAGGAACAACUGUCACCUCUGUCUGCUGCUUUGGAAAAGCUGCAACAAGAGAAACAAGAGUUAAUGGAGCAUAAAAGAAAGAAGCAGGAAGAAGGCCAAGARAAGAUAAAUGGCAUAAAAGAGAGGGUGAAGUCUGUCUCAAUUUUGGAACGAGAUAUUAAAAAAUAUAUGGAUGACGGAAGAGAGGAAUAUAAAGAGCAAAAGGAAUCAGAGCUUCAAGAAACCAACACUCAGCUCCAUGAGGCUGAGAAGCAGAAAGACAAAAUUAAUAAGGAGAUGGGAAACAUCCGUCAGGACAUAGAUACCCAAAAGGUCCAAGAGCGCUGGUUGCAAGACAAUCUGACACUGAGGAAACGAGUUGAGGAACUGAAGGAGGUUGUAGCUAAACGAGAAACUCUUAUGAAAGACAUGGGCAACAUGCAGGUGUUGCAGCUGCGCCAAGAACGUCGUGAUGCAGAGCGCAAGCUAGAAGAUUUGAAGAAGAACCGGAGCAUCGCACUAGGUCGGCAGAAAGGCUUCGAAGAAGAGAUUCUGCAUUACAGAAAAGAGUUGAGAGAAGAUCAGUAUGACAAAGCUGAGGAGCGCUACAAAAACAAGAUGAUCACCAUGAGGACCACUGAGUUGGUCAUUAAAGACCUUGAUCUCUACUACAAAGCCCUUGAUCAAACCAUCAUGAGGUUCCACAGUAUGAAGAUGGAUGAGAUCAAUAAAAUUAUCAGAGACCUGUGGCGCAGCACCUACAGGGGUCAAGAUAUUGAGUAUGUGGAGAUCAGGUCGGAUGUGGAUGAGAAUUCAUCAGCUGGAGUCAAGAGGAGGGUUUACAACUACAGAGUAGUUAUGGUGAAAGGAGACACAGCUCUGGAUAUGAGAGGACGCUGCAGUGCUGGCCAGAAGGUGUUGGCGUCCCUGAUCAUCCGUCUUGCCCUGGCAGAGACUUUCUGUCUGAACUGUGGGAUCUUGGCCUUGGAUGAGCCAACCACCAACCUGGACAGAGAGAACAUCGAGUCCUUGGCACAUGCCCUUGUAGAAAUCAUCAAGAGUCGUUCUCGUCAGCGCAAUUUCCAGCUGCUCAUCAUCACCCAUGAUGAAGACUUUGUGGAGCUCCUGGGCCGCUCCAGCUACAUCGAGAACUUCUACCGAAUCCGCAAGAACCAGGACCAGAACUCCGAAAUCAACAAGUGCAGCAUCUCCUCUCUCUCGUCUUAUCUUCAUUAAAAAACUGGCUGUGUUGCAUAACUUUAAAGGUCCUCAGUGACAUUUCAUUCUUUGAUUGUAGUUGGUAAAAUUCACACUGUUUUAUUUACCCUCUUUUUGCUGUGAACCGUUUAAAUUUUCUUAUAGUGAACAAGAGCUUGAAAAAAAWUUUUUUGUCAAUUUAUUUGAAUAAAUGUCAAAACACUAAGUAAGAAACUGAAAGUACAAGUUAUGCACAUAUAUUAAUGACUUUCAUGUCUUUGCAUGAUGCACCAAUUGCAGAGUUGUAUUAAAGAAAUUUAGCAUGCCGCCUUUGUUAAGAAAUGAAAAUAAUUUUUAAAUGAUCAAAUGCUUUCAGAUAGAAAGCAUUGAUAGUUUGUGCUUCAAAAUAUGAGACAUUACAGUUUAAAUGUCCUUGUUUCAUCUUCAAAAGUUUGACAUUCUGGUAUUAAAUCUUCAGAAUUACUAAAGCUGGAAUGAUUUUUUUAACACAAACUCAGUUUAGGUAUUUCACUUUAACAGCUAACAAGCCUUCAAAUUCAAAGAAAUAGUCAAACCACAACUUAUCUCAUAAUCACUGCAGACGACAUCUCAUUUUAGCAGUGAAGAAACAUAGCUAGAGGCGUGGACAAAGGGUGUAUAAAACCAAGCACUCAGUCAGAGCAACUUCAAGCUUACAGCUGAACAACCAAAGACAACUUCAGAGACUCCCUCUCGAGACAUCCUCAACCUACGAGCAACCAUGGUGAUGGCAAUACUUCUGCUGGUGUGUGCUGUGGUUCAGCUGGUCAUCCCGGCUCCUUCUGCUUCUCCUGAUGCUACACACGUCAUCCUCAACCACAUUAUUACAGAGGCUCACAAAUGUAAAGACAUUUACGCCAAAGUGAGUUUUCUCUUUUAGUUAUCCUUUUUCCAACAGUUUAUGACUAAAUUGCCGUUUUAAAAGUUGGCAGCAUGUUUGACUAAACUUAUUUUCUCUUUGUGAUAGGCGUUUGUGGAGAACGUGCAGGAUUUGGUUGAUGCCGGCUGUAAGGAUGACUUCUUUUGCAAAGCGCACAUGAUUCUGUCUAAGCAUGAGAAGUCUGAAGAACCCAAGAAGAACGAGCAAUCACUUGUGCACUACGUGGGCAAAUACAUCAACGAUACACAGAUCGACUGUCCAGAGCUGCUGAAGACUGUGAGAAACUCAACUGAAACCAAGCCAAUCACUGUUCUGCUGGAUAACAUCUCCAAAUGUAGCAAGAGGAAAAACUUUGGGGUAUAGUAACUUCAGGUCGUGGAACCUUUUCAGCAGUUGCUGAUCUGCAUUUACAAAUUCAUUGUAGUUGUGUCCUAUAAGGUUUAUUUGCAUUUUUACAUUUUCUGAAAGUGGAAAUUGUGYAUGUAAAGAAAAUAAUAAUAAAACAACUGAGCAGCAUGAUAUGAGAAAUUAAGUUUAAUGCUGUGGUUUAACUUGCGUAGUAUUUUAGUUGAAAAGUUGUUUUUAUUUUAAGAUAUUCCAUCUUAUUUAUUUUUUAUUUAAUUUAUCAUAAGACUAUUUAUUGUAAUUUUCUUUCACAGUAUUAAAAUCAGCAUUAGAGAACAUUAACUUAUUUCUCAUGACUUUCUCAGGCAAAAAUGUUUUGUUCUGUAUAAUUUGUCAAUUUUAUUGUAAAUCCUAAAAAUAUUUUUGGAGAAAAUGUUUUACAUAUUGGCAUUUACAGUGCAGAUUCUGACUGUACUUUAGGAUGAUCAGAUGGAAUUAUGYUGUAUAUUCUAUUUUAAUUUGACUGCUGGAUUUAACUGUAUUGGAAUAAACUUAAUUAAACAAAUUUGCAAUGAA